AUGGCACCCAAAACGUCAUCGGCUACUCUUCGUCUGAAACAAGAUUACAUCCGUCUAAAAAAUGAUCCUGUGCCUUAUGUAAUCGCUGAACCAAACCCGUCUAACAUAUUGGAAUGGUACUAUGUGGUUAGUGGACCCGACGAUUCUCCGUACGCUGGCGGUUAUUAUUUGGGAAGGCUAGUUUUCCCUAGAGAUUUUCCAUUUAAGCCGCCUAGCAUUUACAUGAUUACACCCAACGGCAGAUUCAAAACUAACACCCGCCUGUGUUUGUCCAUUAGUGAUUACCAUCCAGACACAUGGAAUCCAGCAUGGAGUGUAUCUACUAUUCUCACUGGUUUGCUAAGCUUUAUGCUGGAGAAUAGCCCUACAAUGGGUAGCAUAGAGAUGACUGAUUACGAGAGGCGUCAAUUGGCUGCUCAAAGCUUAGAGUCAAAUGUACGUGAUGAAAAUUUCUGUGAACUAUUUCCUGAGCUUACCAUGACAAUACAAAAUGAAAUUGAAAAACGAAAUUUGGCUAGAGCUAAUGAAGAGCAGUCACCCAUCAUGGAUAGUAGCCAACCUGAAAACAAUAUUUUUCACUCAGUUGUUUACAACAGUGUUGUAGUGGUCGGCUUUGCACUCUUCAUUUACUUAGUCAGAUAUGUUCUGUAUAACAUGAAUAUCGAGUGA